UUUUCGUCGCCGGCGAUGUGGCUCUGCGGAGGGCUUCGGGCCGAACGCGAAACCAUCACCUUGAAGCGAGCUAGUAGUGCGAGUGUAGGGGACGUCCUGCGAGCCGGAAAGUAGCAUGUACCUAGGGCGCUUCUCCAUCGCCGCGAUCCUCGGUCUGGCAUGGUAUUUUUCAGACUACGUGCAGACGGCGACCCAGUAUCUUGUGUGUUUUCUGUGUUGUCUCGCGGCUCCGGUGUUAUUCAGAACCAUCGGCCGGGAGACGAGCACGCAAACGGACGAAGAAGAUGUGGAGGAAAUGCUAAAGGAAAACGGCGGGGAGCCACAGCUGGUGUGUUGCGAUGCGUUUGAUGGAGUCAGUAACACAGAAACAAGUACACAGGCUGAAAUCCUGCAGGGGCCACAAUAUCCCCAUCUGCAGAGGUCUCUCCAGCAAGUGUUCGAGUGUCUUUACACCCAGCUCCUUCUCUCUUGGUACCAUGUCCCUGAGGCCCGUGAAAGCCAGCCCCUACACCAGGUGCUGUGCAGAGAGUUUUACUUGGUCACUGACAGGAUCAUCAAGAAAGCCAAAGAGUUUGAUGUCUGUGAAGCAGUCGUGGGCUGUAUUCGCAUCUUGACCCAGCACUUGCAUAAUGCGAAGCAACCUGAUAGAGAGCCCUUGUUCGGCUCCAGGGCUGAGGAGAUGGCAGUUCUCAGAGUGUUUUCUGAGGCUCUGGUACGUAACCUUUUCCCCGAGUCUCUGUGGGGACUAGAUGUCAACCGCUGUGCCUUAAAUGAGAUCAUAGCCUUAAAGGCAUUGGAGCUGCUGGUGAUGUGGCUGUGUGACCCAGACAACCUGAACCAGCUGGUGGUAAGCCAGCUUGACAGCGUGACCCCCAAAAGCUCUGUGGAGGAGCUGUGUGGCUCCGACUCGGAGGGAGCCUCUCUGGAGAGCGAGAGCGAGGCCAGUGGAGUGACGACUCAGAGUUUGGGGGGAGCAGAGAUCUCAGUUGGCAGUAGGAUUAAGUCCAAAAAGAGAGCCAACAAAUUGAAGCAAGGAUGGUCGAAAUUUAUGGACAAGAUGAAGUCUAAGAGAGCGAAAAAAAAGAAGAUGAAGAAACUGGAGCAGAACUUGAUGAUGCGGGCAAUGUCUGCCCACAGUGAUCUGACCAAUGAGAGCGAAGGCAAUAGCAGGGAGGGCUCCAUUCACAGCCAGCGGGACUCUGACACCGAGGACAGCGAUCUGGAGAGCUACUUGACCAGUGUCCAAGAGGACAUGAUGGAAUUCAAACUGUCAUAUGAGAUGUGGCGGGUUGGCCACUGGACUGUCAGCAUCCCCCAUGUGAACUGGGAAAAUGAGCAGCUGAUCUUCACUGUUCAUUUGGAAGAAAGGGACAACCCGGAGAACCUACAAUGGGACAUAAAAAAGACCCACCUGGAUGUUAUAUAUUUCCGCAACCGAUGGCAGCUUCUACACUUCCAGGACUCUACCAGCCUGCCCUUGAUAUCAGCGCUGGAGAGCUUUGAGACAGUCAGCGAUGAGAUCAUCCAACAUGCCAGAGCUUCUGUGGAGCAAUUCUUGCAGGCACUGGUUUCUAAUGACCUAAUAGGCCACACUCAGCCAGUAUUUCAGUUCCUCUGCCCGUUGGAUAAACUACUGAGUGAAGAGGAAUAUUAUGGCGGUGUGUGGGGCCUUCUGAGUGGCUUAGCUUACUUCCUGACUCCAGGACAAGAGGAAGAGGAGGUCAAUGGCCCUCAAACAGAACCUAAAAUGGAAGACUCCGUCUCUCCACGUCCAGAAACCACGAUACCAACUGCGGCAACUUUGGACGCCCAAAGUGAAAAGAGCAGAGAAUUGACAAAUUCUGCACUCCCGACAAUUAUCAUCUCUACAAGUGAUCCUCCUUUAGAACUAUCUGAGGAUGAAACAGAAAAGGCCAAAGCUUUUUUUAGGUCGGACUGCUCCAGUAAUGAAGGUUGUUCUCAAGACAAAAUGGAAGAGUUGGAUAAUCCUGUCACCUCUCAGUUUAAAAUUAUAAUAAAGGGAUUAUCCCGAUCCAGGUCACAGGAUUCUUUGUCCUCAACAAAAGUUACCAAUAACGAAUCAGAUUGCAUACAGACUGAUUCAGAUUACAGUCAACAAUCCUGUCAAAAUCGAAGCUAUGGAGAAAACUCGGAUGGUCCAUCAGGAAAACAUUUUGGUGGGAGGUUGAACAAGAAAGAGAAACUGUGCUUCAGAUUGUCUGGUGGACUUCAUAAGAUGAAAGGCAAAGACCAGGGCAGCCUGCCAAAAGAAGACGAAUCUCAGUGUCAGAAAAACCAGGCGUCCUGGGAGCAACUUGAAGCAACCAAAGCCAUAAUUGAUCUGUUGAAAGAAAUAUCUGGCAACUCCAUUCUCUUGAAUAUAUUUGAUGCCAUACUGAAACCUUUCAUGCCCAUCUUAAAAAAGAAAGUGAACUCCUUCUUAAACAAGGUGAACCCGACAGAGGAGCAGAUAGCCUCAUACAUGGACAAGUUGCGAGAGAAGCAGUGGCCGGAUGGUUUGCCAUCAACGCCUAAUCCCCCUCGCACCAGCGAGGAGAAGUGCGAGACCAGGGAAAGGGCUCAUCACCUCAUCAUUGCCAGAUAUUCAAACUACCUAAUCUUGAAGAAGACGGAUGUGGAGACCGUUUUUAAGCUUUUCCAGGACAGUGAAGAAAACAAGAAGCUGGUGUAUAUGCUUCUGUCAUUCCUGUUGAGAGAGUUCCUGCCCAACGAGGAUGCCCUGAAUGUGAGCGCCGUGGCCCUGCAGAAAGUAAAUAGUGACAGCAACUGAUAUGUGAAUUUCAGAUUGUUUUCUCUCAGGUGAAACGUGCUUUUAGAUUCAUGUGGUUUUGACAUUUUAGAACAUCCAAGUAUUUAUUCAACAUUCCUUGGUGCCUUACUUUGUCAAUUAUUUCUGCCUUUUUAAACCUUAUCCUGUUUUGUUUUACCAUUUUUACCUCAUGCAUUAAAUAGUCAUUGAAUUGUCCUUUUUAUUUUUAUUUUUUAUCUAUUAUUUUAUUGCAUUUGUGAAUUUUCACUUGUCUAUUACUUUAUUGAAUAAUGUGAAAGAUAGGCCAAACAUAUAUGCCUAAAAUCCAAAAUAAUGUGAUGAUUCCUGGUUUAUUUUACUACUGGGGAAUCAGAAAUAUUUACCAUGGAAACCUUUCUGUUCCUUGUUUAAAGGAAAGAAGAAAAUAAUGCAUGCUUUGUGGGGGAAGGUAUAAGAUUCACUCAUAAUAUGGACACAAGGGCCCUUUUUUGGAAAUGAAAUGGGAUUGAGUCGAAGAUUACCCACCACUUUGAGCACGUCUUAUGGGAAUACUGUCAGUAUAAUAGUUAAGUUAGUAGUUAAGUUUAUUUAGGGGUUUUAUUGUAUGAUAAUGACAACAAUGGGAUAUUUAGUUAUGUUUCACAUACAUUCCUAUUUAGAUUGUUUCCAAUUGUUGAAAUUUGGUUCUCCAAUUUUCCAGUCUUCAAUGUAAACAGCUUAGAUUUAAUGACCAAAAGAUGUUGCA